AUGAUGACCACGUUCAAGAAAAACAGGAAGAAGAGAGGCCAUGUCAGCGCCGGUCAUGGUCGUAUCGCAAAACACCGUAAGCAUCACGGAGGUCGCCGUGACAAUGUAGGUUCAAGUUCUUUGUUUUCACUUCCGUAUUGUUUGCAUCUACGUUUUCACUACCCAUGCUCAUUUAAUUUUUCAUGUCCUGAUAUGCAAAUCACGGCGUCACAGAAGGCGAUGGCGGUUGAAGAUGUUGAUUCACGGGAACCGAGAUGGCAGACGGUAUUGGAUUCUUUUAACGAGGGAGAAGUGAUUGUUGACGUGAUUCGAUCUCUUAUGUCAAUAUUGGAAAGAACACACACCUUUUGGAAGUGCUUGAUGAUUUGUCUCAUAAUAUUCCUGGUGAUUAUGAGUUGCUUUCAUCCAAGAAAGUGA